AUGCAUGCUAUGCUUGUUAUUGGUGGACCCGAUGUCGUCAAGCCUCAAAGAGUCGGUAGAACCGCACAUAUUAUCGAUUUAUAUCCUUUGAUGUGUCACCUUCUUGACAUUCCUGCUGCUCCAAAUAAUGGAACACUCAGCAGGAUUGCGUCAACAUUUUAUCUCAAGAAUUACAGACAUGGG